AUGACGUUUCCGUUGGACCACCGAGAGAACGAGAAAGCUGCCGGAAUAACCAACGAUGCUUACAUUCCGAUCAAAUCUAAUAUAGGUGAGGACGAAUAUGUUGAGAAGAAGAAAGGGCUGAAUGUCUUCCUGUGGCUGAUGAGCAGGGACGACCUCUCGCAGAGAGUUUUCACCUUUGGCGAUACUAAACUCUAUCUUCUCGAAUGCAUUGCCUUCAUAGCGGCUAUUGCAUCUGGUACAGCUCUCGCCAUGGUCAACCUGGUCAUGGGACAGUUCUUGACACUGCUGAGCGAUUUUAGCUUCUCGGACAUGGACUCAACUCCAACCAAUUUCAUGUCCGCUGUGCGGACGUCUGCUCUCUACUUCAUAUACAUUGGUGUCAUCCGUCUCCUGGCGACCUACCUCUAUGCCGCUCUCUUUACCUACGUCGCAUACCAUCUAACCCGCAAUAUCCGACGGAACUACCUACGUGCUGCAUUCAGUCAGGAAAUCAGCUAUUACGAUCAGGGCACCAGCGGCUCUAUAUCUCAGCAAGCAACCACAAACGGCAACCUUAUCCAAUCUGGCAUUGCCGAGAAACUUGGUAUUGUCAUCCAAGCCGUCUCCACCUUUGUGGCGACUUUGGUGAUCGCGUUCGUCACACAAUGGAAGCUGACAUUAAUCCUGAUUUUUAUGGUGCCGACUCUGCUUAUAGUGCUUGGAACAGCUGGUGGAAUUGACGCCAUGAUUGAGACCAAGAUCUUGCAGAUCCAUGCCCAAGCCGGGAGCUAUGCUGAGAGUGUCCUCGGGGGCGUCCGGACAGUUCAGGCCUUUAGCCUUCGACCCAGAGUGAUAGCCAAAUUUGACUCUUACCUACAAGAGGCAUACUCCCAGGGGAUGAGAAAGAAUAAAUUGUACGGUAUCGUGUUUGGAGGGCAGUACUUCGUUGUCCACGCUGGCAUGGGGCUUGCCUUCUGGCAGGGCAUCGCCAUGCUCGACCGUGGUGAGAUUGCCGAUUUAGGAACAGUCUUUGUUGUUCUCUUCUCCAUUAUUAUGGCCGCGACCACGGUCAUGCAAAUAGCACCACACAUGGUCGCCUUCAGCCGCGCGGCAACCGCAGCGUCGGAGCUUUUCGCUCUCAUCGAUAGGCACUCGGAGAUCAACCCCUUUGACGAUUCGGGUGCCAAACCGGAAAACCCUACCGGGUCCAUUGAGUUGCAUGGCGUCAACUUCAGAUAUCCUUCGCGUCCAGAUGUCGCCGUUCUGGAAGACUUUACCCUGCAUAUCCCUGCCGGAAAGGUCACGGCGCUGGUGGGACCGUCUGGGUCAGGAAAGAGCACCAUUAUCGGAUUGCUGGAACGGUGGUAUUCCCCUUGUUCAGGCAGCAUCUCUUUGGAUGGCAAGGACAUCAGUCACCUCAACCUCAAGUGGCUGCGGACGAACGAACCGGUGCUAUUCAACGCCAGUGUGUUUGACAAUAUCGCCAAUGGACUCGUUGGUACCCCAUGGGAGACCGCGUCGCAUGAUGACCAAAUGAAGCUCGUUCAGGAGGCUGCGAAACUCGCCUUUGCGCACGACUUCAUCGAGAACCUGCCGCAAGGGUACCACACGCGCAUCGGGGAGAGAGGUGGUCUCCUUUCGGGUGGCCAGAGGCAGCGUAUUGCCAUCGCCCGCAGCGUCAUUUCGGGGCCUAAAAUCCUCCUCCUUGACGAGGCGACCAGCGCGCUCGACCCACACGCUGAGGCUACCGUGCAGAAAGCUCUCGACCAUGCCAUGCAGAAUCGAACGACCAUCGUGGUCGCCCACAAACUCGCGACAAUCCGAAAGGCAGAUAACAUCGUGGUCAUGUCCCAAGGCAAGAUCAUGGAGCAGGGCACGCACGAAGAGCUGGCGCGCAAGAACGGGAUCUACGCCUCUCUUGUCAAGGCCCAGGAUAUUGCGCCAGCGAACUUGGAGCAGGAUCAUGGUUCUGAGGGUAUGAGUACGUCUGACGAGGGUCCAGAGAUGGGAGACAAUCAGUCUGUUACCCGGGUCCGAACGGCCGAGACGCAAAAACCCGCGGCACUACGGGACCGGGAAGAUCAUAGCUUGUACAAGAAGAUGGGAAUUAUCCAUAAUAUUUGGAAUCUUUUGAGAGGGAUGCCUGAGCUCUGGAUUUGGUUUGCGGUCACAAUGGCUACGUGCAUCGGAGGAGCUGCCGUCAACCCUGGGCAAGCCCUCUUACUCGGCAAUAUCUUGAGCGUCUUUACUUCACCUAACAUGGUCGCUCGCGGCAACUUCAUCGCGCUAAUGUUCUUUGUCAUGUCGCUCGGUAUUCUUGUCAUAUACUUCAUUAUGGGCUGGUCAACCAAUACGAUCGCUCAGACUCUCAGCAGGAAGCUGCGACGGGAAAUCUUAGACGCCUUCCUCCGACAGGACUUGCGGUUCUUCGAUCGGCCUGAGAACACGGUGGGCGCACUUACCAGCCGACUCGAUUCAUAUCCACAAGCCAUCUUGGAAUUAAUGGGGCUCACCGUCGCCAUUAUUCUCAUGUCGGCAAUCAACAUUGUUGCGUCGAGCGUCCUCGCCAUUGCUGUCUCGUGGAAACUGGGAGUGAUCGGCGUCUUCGUUGGCCUGCCGCCCAUUAUGCUAGGCGGCUAUGCUCGUGUCCGACUUGAGACCAAAAUGGACGAUGAAAUUGGGCAGAGGCUGUCAGUGAGUGCAUCGAUAGCGUCGGAGACGGUCAUGGCGAUCCGCACCGUUGCGUCGCUCGCAUUAGAAAACACUGUGCUAAAGAACUAUACCGAUGAGCUCGACCGAGCGAUCAUCCAAGCGAGCGGGCCGAUGUUCCAUAUGAUGAUCUGGUUCUCUCUCACGCAGUCCGUGGAGUAUUUUGUGCUGGCUUUGGGGUUCUGGUGGGGAUCAAAGCUGAUCAACGAUGGGGAAAUUACUUUGUAUCAGUUCGUAGUGUCUUUCAUGGGCGUUUACUUCUCUGGCCAGGCCACCGCGUUGGCUUUUAGUUUUGCGAGCAGUGAGUCCGAAAAGCCGGUGGAUGUGCCGCCGCUGGGUGGGACUAUCUGUGAGAUGGACAGCAACCGCACAAAAGGACCCAAGGAUGGCUGCCGCUCCUACGAUUUACAAGAUGUGCAGUUCGCGUAUCCCUUGGCGCCAGAAAACCAAGUUCUCAAGGGAGUGUCUCUGUCGAUUCAGAGAGGUGACUUUGUAGGCUUUGUUGGUGCCUCAGGCUGCGGAAAAAGCACCAUGAUAUCGCUCCUCGAACGCUUCUACGACCCAACUGACGGCACUAUUACCAUCGACUCAUCUGCACCUUUAUCCUUUCUCAACCCACUCCUAUACCGCAGGCACGUGGCCCUAGUGCAGCAAGAGCCAACCCUCUUCCCAGGCACAAUCCGCGAAAACAUCUCACAGGGGAUGCCAGGUCUCUCUGCCACGGAAGCAGCAUCCGACGACGCACUGGAGGAGGCAUGCCGGGCCGCCAACGCAUGGGACUUUGUGUCCUCGCUGCCGGAAGGACUCGACACGCAAUGCGGGACAGCGAGCGGUAGCCAGCUCCUUUCAGGGGGGCAGCGGCAGCGCAUUGCCAUUGCCCGGGCACUGGUGCGCAAUCCCCGCGUGCUUUUGCUUGAUGAGGCGACCAGCGCGCUGGAUACCGAGUCGGAAAAGCUUGUUCAAGCUGCUCUGGCGGAGGCGGCCUCAUCUGGAGCAAGGAUUACUAUUGCCGUGGCGCAUCGUCUCUCAACGGUGCGUGAUGCUAACUGCAUAUUCGUAUUUGAUGCAGGGAGUAUCGUGGAGGCUGGGUCUCAUGACGAGCUGCUUGCUAAAGGGGGAUUGUAUGCUCGGAUGUGUGAGGCUCAGGCGCUGGAUGGCUCUGGAUGA